UCGCUCUCCUACUAGGUACUUUUCGGUACAUUCCCUACUCUUUCGAGCAGGACCCAGCCCGUCCCAGCGUGUCCCAGGCUCCCAGCAGCAUAAGGCUGCUUAGCCACUUCUCCUCGCUUGCUCUAUUCUCUCUCGCUCGCCAUCUCGCCCUCUCGCCUCUUGAUUCUUCUCUCGUCUUCUGUCUCGCAAGGUUAUGCUAGCACCAGCUAGCGAAUGCUCUCGACCUCUUGCGACAGCGGCGUGGCUUGCCUUGCGUGGGUCCUCAUCCUCAGCACGCACUCUGCACGUACUCUGUACCAAAACCACACCAAACGCACGCAAGCAACUCAACACAAUUGGAUUGAGAACUCACUCAACACCGCGUAUCUCAGCUCAGCUCAGACAGCCGGUGUCCCCUCCCACUGGCCCCCUUGCUUUGCCUUGUCCUUCCCUUCCAAUCCCGCUUGCUAAUGACACCCACGCUCACUCCGACGCCAAUGCAAUGCCCACGCUCGCGCCCAUGUCCAUGUCCAUGUCACUAUCCACAUCAAUACACGCUGGGGCUGGAGGCUGUAACCUACCUGCUGUGCCGUGUUUUAGAGGAUACAGCAAAAAAAUGUCAAACUGCUUCCAGUCCACCACAGUCCACCAUAGUCCAGAGGGGAGAAAACCUAAUUAUGGUCUACCCUCAGUUUUCAGUUUUUGCUUAUCUGCUCCCCACUGCCACCAGGUUUCGAAUAGACUUCCUCUUGAUCUUUUUUCUUUCUCAAUCCCUACUUUUCCAAAAACGUGGUGCCUGGCUGGUCUCUCCAAUCGAAUUGAUCUCGCAUAAUAUACAUACAUACAUGCAACCAUACAUCCGGUACACAACUUGUUCACUAUCACACAGUAGAUCUGUUCAGCCCCGUUGAUCGUCAUUUCCCUUUAUUGCUCCUUUUCCCUAUCCGUUUCUUUCUCUUUUUUCUUUUUGCUCCACUCUGCUCUUAGUCACACAAGGGGAUCUUCCCGCACGUGGCUCUAGCGCCCAAAAAGAUAAAGAUCGAACUAUUUUUGUAACCCGG